UGAUUCGCCGGUGGUGGCAGGGAAAAAGGCUCGGCUGCCGGCGGACCCGGAGUCAUUCCGCCUGGGUCGCGGGCGCGAUCGGCGGCGCGGGGGGAAGGGGGCCACGUGAAGAUGGGUCUCCCCAGGCCUGGAUGAGCGGCUGCCGUCCCUGCGCCCCUCCCUCUGGGCGGGUGGAAUAGAUAAGCCAGGCGGGAGGAGGAUCCCCGGGAAAAUGCCCCCCGGGCGCGAGAAAUGGAGCCGCUCGGGCGCCGCGAAGAGGGCGGCGUGCUUGCUGGCUGCGGUGUACGGGCUGAAGAUCCUGUGCCCGCUGGUCCGCAGGCGGCUCCGGCAGGCGGGCUGCAAGAAGGACCCGCAGCAGAGGCAGAGCCGGGCUGACGGCGCGGAUCUUCCUCCGGAGCUGCAGCUGCUGCCUUGCCCGGGUCUCCCCGCCGCCGGCCGAGCGUCUCCGGCGGCCAAUGCGGAAUUUUUCCGCCAGCUGCUGGCGCUGCGCAAGAUCCUCUUCCCGCGGGCGGUGAGCGCGGAGAGCGGCUGGCUGUGCCUGCACUCGGCGGCGCUGGUGUCGCGGACCUUCCUCUCCAUCUACGUGGCCGGCCUGGACGGCAAGAUCGUCAAGAGCAUCGUGGAGAAGCGGCCGCGCAGCUUCGCCUGGAAGCUGAUCAAGUGGCUGGCCAUCGCCAUCCCGGCCACCUUCGUCAACAGCGCCAUCCGCUACCUGGAGGGCAAGCUGGCGCUGGCUUUCCGCACCCGCCUGGUGGAUCACGCCUACCAGACCUACUUCGCCGACCAGACCUACUACAAGGUGAUCAACAUGGACAGCCGGCUGGCCAACCCGGACCAGUCGCUCACCGAGGACAUGGCCAUGUUCUCGCAGUCGGUGGCGCACCUCUACUCCAACCUGACCAAGCCCAUCCUCGACGUGGUGCUCACCUCCUACACCCUCAUCCAGACGGCCAGGUCUAGGGGGGCCAGCCCCAUCGGGCCCACGCUCCUGGCCGGGCUGGUGGUCUACGCCACCGCCAAGGUGCUCAAAGCCUGCUCGCCCAGGUUUGGCAAGCUGGUGGCCGAGGAGGCCCAGCGCAAGGGCUACCUGCGCUACGUCCACUCUCGGAUCAUCGCCAACGUGGAGGAGAUAGCCUUCUACAGGGGCCACAAGGUAGAAAUGAACCAGCUACAGAAAAGCUACAAAGCUCUAGCAGACCAAAUGAACCUCAUUUUGUCCAAACGCUUAUGGUACAUCAUGCUGGAGCAGUUCCUGAUGAAGUAUGUCUGGAGCAGCAGCGGCUUGAUUAUGGUGGCCGUACCCAUCAUCACUGCGACGGGAUUUGCUGAUGGCGAAUUAGAAGAUGGUCAGAAACAAGCGAUGGUCAGCGAGAGGACAGAAACCUUCACCACUUCAAGAAAUUUACUGGCCUCUGGAGCAGAUGCCAUUGAAAGGAUUAUGUCUUCUUACAAAGAGGUCACAGAGUUAGCAGGCUACACAGCUCGUGUGUACAACAUGUUUUCAGUCUUUGAUGAAGUGAAGAGGGGCAUUUACAAAAGGACAGCUGUUUCUCAAGAAUGUGAAAGCAACAAUAAGAAAAGAGAUAAAACAGAGCAACAUAUAGACGGCCCAUUGGAAAUCAAGGGAAGAGUAAUAGAUGUUGAUCAUGGAAUUAUCUGUGAAAACGUUCCUAUCAUUACCCCGAAUGGCGACGUGGUGGCGUCAAGGCUAAACUUCAAAGUGGAAGAAGGUAUGCAUCUUCUAAUCACUGGACCUAAUGGUUGUGGGAAGAGUUCUCUCUUCAGGAUUCUAAGUGGUUUGUGGCCUGUCUAUGAAGGAGUUCUUUACAAACCACCUCCUCAGCAUAUGUUCUACAUUCCUCAGAGACCUUACAUGUCCAUUGGAACGCUGCGGGAUCAAGUGAUCUAUCCUGACUCUGUGGACGACAUGCGCGAGAAGGGCUACCAAGACCAGGAUCUGGAAUGCAUCCUGCAGAUAGUUCAUUUGAAUCACAUAGUGCAAAGAGAAGGAGGGUGGGACGCUGUUACAGACUGGAAGGAUGUCCUGUCCGGAGGAGAAAAGCAGAGAAUGGGGAUGGCUCGGAUGUUCUACCACAAGCCCAAAUAUGCGUUGCUGGAUGAGUGUACAAGUGCUGUCAGCAUUGACGUCGAAGGAAAGAUAUUUCAGGCUGCUAAGGGGGCUGGCAUAUCCCUGCUUUCUAUAACACACAGACCAUCUCUUUGGAAGUACCAUACACAUUUGCUACAGUUUGAUGGGGAAGGACACUGGCGCUUUGAGCAGUUGGACAAUGCUAUCCGCUUAACCCUCAGUGAGGAGAAACAAAGACUAGAAUCCCAGCUUGCAGGAAUGCCAAAAAUGCAGCAGAGACUGAACGAACUUUGCAAAAUCUUAGGGGAAGAUUCCGUGCUUAAAACAAUGGACAAAGAAGAAUAAAUGUUUUUAGUUCA